GCUCAACCAAGGUAGCAGAAGAGAAGGUAGAGAGUAAAGCUCCCACCUUUUCUCUUCCCCCAAACCCCGAAACCCUAGAAAAAGAAAUCCAAAACCCUAGAAGAGAAAAUCUCAAUGCCUUCUCUUCUCCAUCUUCUUCUCUUCCUCUCUCUCAUCCCAUCCCUCUGCUUCUCCAAAUCCACCAUAGAGCCAUGCUCUGUAUCGGACACGUGUACGGCCAUGGUCGGCUACACGCUCUACACGGACCUCAAGGUCUCCCAGCUCUCCUCCCUCUUCCAGAUCGAUCCUAUCUCCCUCCUCUCUGCAAACGCCAUCGACAUUUCAUACCCCGACGUCGAUAACCACAUCCUCCCGGCCCGCCUCUUCCUACACGUCCCCGUCCCCUGCUCCUGCUCCGACGGUAUCCGCAAGUCCAUCGGGACCCGCUACAAGACCCGCCCCUCCGACACCCUCUCUUUCAUUGCUGACACCGUCUUCUCCGGCCUUGUGUCCGCCGAUCAGAUUCGGGACGCCAACUCCAUCUCCGAUCCUUCCGUGCUGGAUGUCGGGCAAACGCUAACGAUCCCGCUGCCGUGCACGUGCUUCAACGAGACGGAUAACGGGCUGCCUGCGGUCUACUUGUCAUAUGUGGUGAGGGCGGGGGAUACAGUGGCGGGUAUCGCCGCUAGAUAUUCAACGACGGUGACGGAUGUGAUGACGGUGAAUGCAAUGGGCAGUACAGCAGUGAAGGCUGGGGAUAUCCUCGCCAUUCCAUUGCCAGCCUGUGGCUCUGGGUUCACAAAAUAUGCCUCAGAUUAUGGCUUGAUUGUUGCGAAUGGGAGCUACGCCAUUACGGGAAGUCACUGUGUGCAAUGCAGUUGCGGACCAGGGAAUCUCAAUCUCUACUGCAUGCCCUCUCCAUUGGCAGUAUCAUGUUCAAGCAUGCAAUGUAGAAACAGUAACCUCAUGCUCGGGAAUGUGACUGCACAACCCACAAGUGCUGGUUGCAAUGUAACUUCUUGUACUUACAAUGGUUAUGUCAAUGGCACCAUUUUCACUACGUUGUCUACAUCUCUUCAACCUCGAUGCCCAGGGGAGCAUCAAUUUCCUCCUCUCAUAACCCCGCCUACUGUCUUGACACGAGUUUCAUGGGGUGCUCCAUCACCAGCACCAUCUAUAUCAGAUGGUGUUACAACGAUAACACCGAAGUCUUCAGUACCAGGAACCGUGUCGUUUCCUGGCGUGUCACCUGCGAAUGGCCCUUCUGGAAGCCUAUCUGCUGCUCCUUCAUCGGUGAACCCAUUAUCUGGAUUUCUAAGCGCUUUAUGUUUGUUUCUCUUAAUCAGGCUACUGGUGUAGACAGCACUUUAUUUUUUGUCAGUUAUGUGGCUAAGAUUGUAAGUUCUGUUCUGGGCUUCUGCCGAUUGUUGUGUUUCUAUCAAGGCUCAUUUGUUAUUGUCA